GAAAAACCAACAACCCAAAACCCCAAAGGCAGGAGGAUGCCAAACGUCUCGAUGGGGAAGCAUUUCACAGACCGGACUGGAUGGGAUGCCUGGACUGUCCAUGGCCUCAAAUCUGCACAUUCUCGCUGAGUCACCAGCGAUGCCUCUGGUGUUGAAACUGGUCCGAUGCCUCGUGCUGAUUAAUGAAUCGCAAAUCCCCCACCCAUGUGCACUCUCCUUGGUCACUGGGAAGAAUGGAGAACCUUGUGAACUCAAGGGAGAAGCUGGGCAUUGGGCCCUGGUGCCUUCUUCCUCCCCCCAGGGACAUUGUGAGCUGGUUAGUCACCUGCCCCAGCCCCUGGCGCCUCACUUAGCUCUAGCUUUUGGAAAUGGGACAAGUGGCGGGACAAUGGGCAAGGGGGGCGGUCAGCCCAGACAAAGGGCAACAGGAAAAACACCAUCACUUGCUCCGUGGCCAGCUCGCUGGCAUUUGGGAGAAUGUGUCAUUGCUUUUAUUCGAGGGUGAGGGGGACGAAAGGUUAGAGAUGAAGCUGAGGUAGGGUGGGCCCAGGAAUCCCAAACUAGGCAGGAGCUGGGGGCAGGCGUCCCUAGCUGACAUCAAGGGAGAAGCCCAUGGCUCCUUCAUCAGCGCUAGCUCCCAGCCCUGGCUCUGGGGAGUCUGCAGACGGACCCAUGCCCUCCCUGCCCCCUCCCCCAGGAGGCCCAGGGUGGUACCGCCACAGCCUCUCCUCACCUCAACCCCCCCUCAGUGUUGUGGGAGGGAGAGGAGCCCCAGAAGCCCUCCCUUCCCGCUUCCCCCUCCUCCCCCCACCCCGGGGAGGCUGCUACAAUUUGUGGUUACAGCUUUACACGUCAGAAAAAAAAAAAAAGUUUGCAGAAUGUCCCACACCGAAAAAAAAAAUCCGAAACCGAAGGAAAAAAACCUGCGAGUGGGCCUGGCGGAUGGGAUUAUUAAAGCUUCGCCGGAGCCGCGGCUCGCCCUCCCACUCCGCCAGCCUCUGGGAGAGGAGCCGCACCCGGCCGGCCCGGCCCCCAGCCCCAUGGACCUCCGAGCAGGGGACUCGUGGGGGAUGUUAGCUUGCCUGUGCACGGUGCUCUGGCACCUCCCUGCAGUGCCAGCUCUCAAUCGCACAGGGGACCCAGGGCCUGGCCCCUCCAUCCAGAAAACUUAUGACCUCACCCGCUACCUGGAGCACCAACUCCGCAGCUUGGCUGGGACCUACCUGAACUACCUGGGGCCUCCUUUCAAUGAGCCUGACUUCAAUCCACCUCGGCUGGGGGCAGAGACUCUGCCCAGGGCCACUGUCAACUUGGAUGUAUGGCGAAGCCUCAAUGACAAACUACGGUUGACCCAGAACUAUGAGGCCUAUAGCCACCUCCUGUGUUACUUGCGUGGCCUCAACCGUCAGGCUGCCACAGCGGAGCUGCGCCGCAGCCUGGCCCAUUUCUGUACCAGCCUCCAGGGCCUGCUGGGAAGCAUCGCAGGAGUCAUGGCAGCUCUGGGUUACCCGCUGCCCCAGCCUCUGCCAGGAACUGAGCCCACUUGGGCCCCUGGCCCUGCCCACAGCGACUUCCUCCAGAAGAUGGAUGACUUCUGGCUGCUGAAGGAGCUGCAGACCUGGCUGUGGCGCUCGGCCAAGGACUUCAACCGGCUUAAGAAGAAAAUGCAGCCUCCAGCAGCUGCGGUCACCCUACACCUGGAGGCCCAUGGCUUCUGAUCUCUGACCUUUACUAUAUCCCCCUUUCCCCUUCAAGUCCUGCUCCCACUCUGGGAGGAAGAAACCUAUAUGCCAAUACUUGUUGAGCUGGGAGACAGACAGAGGGAGCCUGUCCCUGCCUGGCCUUGGACGGGGUGUGGUAUGAUAAGCCUCAUCUGCUCACCUCCCAGAGUCCUACGGGUCUGGAGAAGAGGUGCAUAGGCACCAUUCUGUUUUCAGAGGUAAUGCUCAAGGGAAUGGAAGGCUCUCACCACUCCUGCUUCCUGCCCUCCCAGCUCCUCCUGCAACAUUUCAGGAAGCACACGUGAAAGGCAAGGGUAGGGGCCACCAUGCCCAUGUGCCUUUCUGAGGGGAAGCCCCUUGGCUGCCCUCGCCCCUCUGGAUGGAUGUUGCUCUUCUACCCUGGUAACUCUGCACAUCCAGUUCAGGAAACAUGGCUAUGAGUCUAAACAAGAAGAGAUGGGAGAAAAAUGGAAGAGGUGGCCUGUACUAGAGGUGGCCUAGAAGCCAGAAGAGGGUGUACUGACAAAGAAGAACAGGGACAGACAAGACCCAGCAGUCACCAAGGCAGUCAGUGGCACAGGGUGGCAAAAAAAAGCGCCACAUCGUGCAUCAGGACCUUGCCUUGAAUUUUCUUGCCGGCAUCAAGGUACCUCCUAUACCACCUUCCCCAGGGUAUCUGUGGCUGCCCGGGCUGCGGAAGGUAGCUGCGGGCUCAGCCACGGGUUUCCUGAAAGUUUACAUUGCAGUAGCAUUGUGGGGUGUGGGGGCAGCUCUCCCAGGCCCUGCUCCCCCAGCCCCACCCACUCAUGACUCUUAAGUUUGUUGUAUUAAUAUUUAUUUAUUUGGAGAUGUUAUUUAUUAGAUGAUAUUUAUUGCAGAAUUUCUAUUCUUGUAUUAACAAAUAAAAUGCUUGCCCCAAAA